GAGAUAAGCGCUGUGUUAUUUUCCUUUCAUAUCCCAAUUCCUCUCUGAUAAUAAGAAUAUGACCUCGGGUAGAGACUUAGGCAAUUGAUUUCCAACCACGGGGAGGUCACUUUAAGAAUUCAAAGGAUGUAAGGCACCUGCCUGGGGGCAGCCCGUUCCCUCUAUCUCUUCCCCUUGGAAAAUGCAGCGUCCAACAGUGAUUUUCUGGGACUCUUGAGUCAGGGAGGAAGCGGCUGGUACCUGGAGCUUGGAAAGCACCGCCUCCCUCCGCUCCUCUGCGCCGAGAGCCCCCCGCCAGACGCGCUGCCGGCUCAGAGCGGGUUCUUCCCCGCCCUGUUGCUUAGCUGCGCUGCCAGGACGUACCGGAAGGUGGAGGCCGCUGGCUGGAGGUGAGGAGGCGGCUAGACACGGAGACAAGGGGGAGGAAGGAGGUGAGGAAGAGGGAGGAGCCGAGACGCCGGGCCCGAGGUGCCGGGCGGGGACCGGAGCAGCUCGCGGAAGGGCACUCGGGCGCUGUUUCCUGCCCGGCGCGGACUUCGGAAUUGGCACUGGGACUGACAGGCGCUGCAACCCGAGCGCGUCUCCACUGGACCGGGAGUUCCGGCAAGUCUGUCCCCCGCAAGAAUGCGCGCCCAGGCGGCCCUGGACAUGCCACCGAGCGAGCGGCUCUUUCUCCGGGACCCUGACGCUUCCAAACAAUCGGAUACAGCACGGCCAGCACGCAGGAGUGCGGUGGAGAGACUUGCGGCAGAUCGCGCCAAGUACGUGCGGAGUCGACCGGCGGCUGGCCGGAGCUCUGCCUCCGAGAGCAGCGGCUCUGUGGCGAUCACCGGAGGGGGGGACGACUCAGGAUCUCUGGCUUGCGCCCCGGGUCCAGUGUUGCGCAGGACUAUUGCGCGGAAGCCUCUGAGGCCAGACUCCCUGGUCAUCUACCGGCAGAAAUGCGAGUUCGUGCGAGGACCCGGCGCCGACGGCUCCAGAGCAAGCCUGGUGAAGAAGCUGUUCCAGGGGCCGAGCAAGGACAAAGCUCUGGUGCCCCCCGAGACGCCCGGAGUGGGAGAGGUGGGCAAGGCCAGGGGCGGGGAGGCCUCCCGGGCCAAGCUUGGCCCCUCAAGGGCUCCCGAAUCCUCAGCUGCCCUCGAGCCUUGUGAGACUCCGGUCCCCGCUCCGCCGACUGCGGCGACCACCGGGGUACCAGCUGCGCCCCCUUGUCCCGGACCGACGGUGACCAGGCGUGGGGGGCUGCGGCGUUCGCAGUCAGACCUCAGCUCCCGCUACUCCAUGGCCUUGGCCGAGUUUGACACCUUCUUCCAGUACUGCGGUCUGGACCCUGAGGUGGUGGAGACUCUUGGGAGGGAGAACUUCUCCGUGGGGUCGGACCCUGCAGGUCUCAAGGUGCGCAGCGUGAGCGUCGCCACUUCCGACAGCGGCUUCUCCCGGCACAGCAUCGGAGGUGAAGAUGGGCUGCAGGAAGAGGAGCUGGUGGAGCAGGUGCCCAGCACCACCUCCGUCAUCGAGAGGAACGCCCGCAUCAUCAAGUGGCUGUACACUUGUAAGAAGGCCAAGGAGAGGCCCAGCCAGGGGCUCCAGGGGCCGGCGUGACUCGCGGUGCGCGCCCAGAAAGCUAGGUUGGGAAGCCCAUCUGCGCGUGCCGAUGAGGGCCUGGUGACCAGUGGAUGAUGGUUAGUUACAGCUGAUGCUUAGAAUUCAGUACGCUAAGUUGGAAGGGACCCACGAGAUUGGCACGCAGAGGCUUAGGAGUUGAGCCAUCACAGCUGAAGAAGCGGAGGCAGCAGUCGCGGCACCUGCAGGCCCAGUCCCCUCUCGAGUUGCUGCGUCCAACCACCAAAAAGGGUAGUCUGUAAGUUAACACUGUCCCACCUGGCUUAUCACUGUGGAAAUAGGAGAAAUCCGAAUUGUAAAAUCCCGUCAGCAAGCAGCUUUAUUAUAUCUUGUGCUGAAAAUAGCCUGAGCCCUGACCUUCGAGUCAGCUGCCGGUGGGCCUGCAGCCCUGUGCAGCUGCUGUCUCACCUCCCCACAGAGAGUCUCUGUGUACUUUGCUGGGGCCCUUACAAAGUGAGAGAACUUUUCUACAGGACCUUGUCAAAACUUUGGGAUUCGUUUAGCAAUAAAAAAAUCUUUAUUUAGCUAAAUUUUGUUUAAAUUGUUUUGAGAGCUUCCGUUUGUUAAACUGGGGGAAUUGGUCUGGAUUGUAACCAGUGUUUCAUAGUUCUGAACUGCUGUGAUUCUACAAUUUUUUUGCCUCUGGUGAUGCAUUCGGGAACUAACUUCCCUUUGAAUAGCCAGUAGCCCAGAGUUGACCUCAAGCUCUUUUUUUGUUGAGGAGUGUUUAUCCCCACUGUCACUCCCUCUUCCCUGAAGUGAGGGCAUUUUGGGGAAUAGUGCAGAGAAGGUACUUUUUCAGGGUUCUCUUUGAGAGCCAAGAAUUUAAACAAUGCAGCACCUUUUUUCUCUUGCCAUUCAAUGACAACUUGCUAAAUUAUGAGAUGAAAUUAUUUUGUCUGCCAUUGAGAUAAACUACUGACAGACACUGCAUCAGCCUGUAGAGCUGCCACAAGAUAUUUGAAGAUUUUAUUUCUAAAAUUAAAUUCAGAAUUAACAAGAGGAGGCGAAUUCAUUAUUCUUCUUGAACUCAGAAAGCUCAGGACUUAAGUUCUUCCUUCUAACUUAUAGAUGAUUUGCAUUUUCUGCUAGCCUAAGUCUCCAAAGAAUGUAUAUAGGCAGUCAAUUUAAAAAAAAUUAAUUUGUGUUUUUCACAAAUUGUCUUUUGGACUUGGAGAUGGGUGAAGGGCCUUCUCGCAAUGUGAUGCUGUUGUGAACACGUAGUGGAAGAUUUUGGGGAGUGGGCAUGGUGGGUGAAGAGAUACCUUCUGGCUGUAGAGCACAAAACCAGAAGCUGGGGGGCUGUCUUCUGUUAGCAGGUGACUCUGGCACUGUACACCGGGCUUCCUUUGUCCAUAGAGUAAAGGGAGAUGGGUGGAUGAUUUCCGAUCUCUACAUUUUAUAUUCUGUGUAGUGAUAAUCUGCAUAUCUGUGUUCCAUAACUGGAACCUGGAAAAGGGAAAUAAAACACCCCUGUCUAUUGGAUCAUGUACACAUACAAGAUAAGUUUAUGAAUACGUUUCUUCCAGGCAGCCAGAGCAUGUGUAGCCAGUAGGUGGUAUAAAUAGGGGUGGGUCAAGAAGUUGACAAACCAAAUAAAACCUGACAACAUAAAAAUGAAAGUGGCCCCUCCAGACCCAGGCCCAACCCUGUCUCUAGCACCCCAGUGUCAAAACAGUGACCUGGAAGAGAACUUAGGAUGUAAUCUACAAAGUAGCCUUCCCAGAGUCCUUAUAAAUUUGAACUUAUGAAAAAUAUAAGAUGUUUGGUUAGCCUGUAAAAACUUUCACUUUUAUGACAAAAGUAGUUGAAGUGAGAGGAAAGGGAGGGCAGGUUUGAGAAAGGAUGGAGGGAAAAGUGACAAGAGAACAAGGGCUCUCUGGCUUAUUUUUCACCCUUUCUCCCUCCAUCUUAGCCCCAUUUGUUCUAAGCAGGACACAGUGUCCCUGCCUUUCAAGAAGUUUCACAUUGUUGCUCAUAACAGGGGACAAUCACACAGAACCUGUCUCAGUUUUUGUAUGGUAUCGUAUGGUGGUCACAAGCAAUGUAAAAAUUUAUGUUACAAAUUACUCCCCAAGACUCAGUCAUAGUGUCCCAUUAAGCAGAGACCUAAUGCCUGGGUGCUGGGAAGGUUGUGAGAAGGAAAUAAGUUCCCUGGGCCUUCUCCAGCUAGCUGGAACAGUGUCUGCUCAUGACCUCAGCCUCCUUCACACCUCACCACUUCUAAACUCUGGUGUUCCCUCUGAAGACCUGCCAGCCCCCAAAACCCACUGUGGUGGCACAGUGACACCAGCAGCCUGGUGCACACUUGGUCAGUGAGAUGAGCCUCUGAUACUCUGCAUUGGAGUCACUUGUUCUGAGACUAGGUCUGUAACUUCUGGACAAUAUAAAAGCUAGAAUUCAAGCUGUUCUUUUUCUGAUGAAAUCUGUAAGGAUUAAGUUUAGAAUUUUACUGAAAAUUCAAAAAAUUUAAGAUGAACAAUGGUAGAUCUUCUAAAUGAAAGAGAAAACAAAUAUAUUUUAUAUGUAGGUUUUUGUCCCCUUGGUAGGUAUAAUAAAGGUAUCUAAUCUAGAACUAAAUAAUCAGUUUAUGAGUUUCUUACCCCUUGGGGUAAAAGUGUUUACUUUUCAAAACUGAGGAUAUCAAACCUGGAGAAUGACUCAUAGAAUCUGCAUGCAAGUCCAUUGGGGAUUUAUGAGUAACAGACAGUUACACAUGGGUAAUUUUCAUAUUCUGUUUCCCAGAGUAUAAUUCACGAAAAUUGCUCUUCUGUCUCCUGUGUUUAGUCAUCUUCCUGUCCUUCAAUUAGUCAAAUUGGGGAAUUGCCAAAAUGUGUCUUUCUGCUUUUCUGUUUUGCAUAAAAUAAGUAAAUUGCUUUUUUUAAUAUUGGCAUAAAAGAAUGGUAACUUGUCCUUUGAGAUAAUUAGGGAUAAAUGUUGUUUAAUUUCAAGGCAAAAAUAUUCAGAUAUUCCACAGCUAUCUUCACAUUACCCUUCACCAAAAAGGAAGGGAGGAACAGAGGGAAGGCCUGAAGAAAACCACUGAAGCUCCUGGAACAGAAUCCUGCCUCACCUUUAUUAUGCAAAGAUGCUAUAGUCAUAUAGAACACAUAAAUUGGGGAUACUCAGAGCUUUCUGCUCCUUUCUUUGAUGACUCUGCAAAGCUCUGUAGUUGCCACUGGGGAGCCCAUUUCAGGUGAACACAUGUUUGAAUAGCUGUCUUUCCCUGUCUUCUGGCCAGCACUGGGCCUUCAAGAGAUAUUAGCAUUUGAAAAGGGAAGAAUCAGUUUGCUUUCAAAUAUUUAGUUGGACUGUCUGCCUUGUUCUGUUGUCUGACUCUGGCAGUUAGCACUGGCCUUAACAACAUUCAAAAAAGUUUCCUUUACUGCCUGUGAGCAGUUUGAGGCAAAGAGAAAUUUUGAAAGCCCAGGAAAAGGGCUGCCAGGAGAGGGAGAUUUCUUCUGACAAAGAAAGCAGAUGAUAGUCGUUCUAGAUAUUUUAAAAUGCAGAGAAUGUCACAGAAGUAGAAACUAUAGGAUUCAGACUUUGUAGUAUAGUCUUUCAACUUUUGCCUGAACUGGGGUUGACUCACUGUUUCUUUAACUCCUUAGGAAGCAAGAAUUACCAAUGGUAUGGACUACUGGAGUGUGUCAGGUGACUUGGGACCCUGGUGCUAUUUGUCCAGUGCCUCUGUACCCAGGAAUAAAGCACUAUGGACAAAGCUUAAGUGGUUUCAGAAGGUUUGAAAGGCUAUCGAGAAUAUGGGAAACACAGAUAAGGAAAAUUUGCUGACUUAUAACAAGUGAAACACCAAGAGACGUUCUACUUGUUUAAAGUGGAUUUAUCCUUGCUUUCAGGGGGCAUCUGGAAAGCUGUUUGGAAAUACUUUUAGGGUUAUCUUUUUAACCCUAAUUUUUUUUUUCUUUUUUUUUUGAGACAGAGUCUCACUAUGUCGCCCUCAGUAGAAUGCUGUGGCGUCACAGCUCACAGCAACCUCCAACUCUUGGGCUUAAGCGAUUAUCUUCCCUCAGCCUCCCAAGUAGUUGGGACUACAGGCACCCACCACAAUGCCUGUCAUUUUUUUGUUGUAGCUGGCCCAGGCUGGGUUCGAACCCACCAGCCUCAGUGUAUGUGGCUGGUGCCGUAACUACUGUGUUAUGGGCGCCGAGCCAAAAUUUAUUUAUUUUUAAAUGCAAGAGCAUGAAAACCAAGUGUAAAUGCUUGGUAUGUGUUCCUGUGCCCAUCUGGGGCUGACUGGCACCAUUUAAAUCAAAGUAAUCAGAGCCAACAAAGAGUAAGAACACAUUCACACACACCAUGCAUGUUUCCAAAGCAUUCCUGUAUGGUGAAUUAUACUUAACUCCUAAACUAUGCAACUGAUGAUCUCAUGUAACAAAUCAGAAAGCACUUUUAAAAUCACUUGGAGGUACAAGGUCAUUUUAUUAAUGCCAUUCUCUAUUUGGGUUGUAGGCAUGUAGAAGUCUCCAUUAAAAGAUGAAUUAGAAUUGAGGCACUGCCGAAUGAUACUUUUUCUUGUACUUGGACAGUUUCUGGAGAGCUGACAGAGAAUCUGGGCACUUCUUCAGGUCAGACCAGUGGCAGCACCCACUUUGCUGCAGCACCACUUAGAGUGAGCUCCAUAGUUUUGUGGCUCCUAACUUCCUAGAGGGCACGGGACACAGCAUCUUAGGUGGGACCUUCUCCUUCACACCUCUCCACAUCACAUAAUCAUCCCAAAUUUGGCACCAAUUCACCCUUUUCUCAAAGGGAGUAUUUUUUUUAAAGGAGCAGCCUCUGGGUGGCUGGGAAACUAGAAUCAGAAUGUGGGGAGGGGCUUACUGGGACCCUUCAUUCUGAAAUUGCUUAUGACACCAAGAUGACUAUUGAGAUUUUGAACCUUCUGAGAGGAAUUUUGUAUCACUCAAAGAAAAUUCAUUAGAAGAUUGGAUGCAGUGGCUCACACCUGUAAUCCUAGUAUUCUGGAAGGCUGACGCAGGCAGAUCCCUUGAGCUCAGGAGUUCCAGACCAGUCUGAGCAAGAGCAAGCCCCCAUCUCUAAAAGUAACUGCGCAUUGUGGCAGGUGCCUAUAGUCCCAGAUACUUAGGAGGCUGACACAAGAGGAUCGCCGCUCAAGCCCAAGAGUUUGAGAUUGGUGUGAGCUAUGCUAUAGCACUCUACACCAGGGUGACUGAGUGAGACUAUCUCAGAAAAAGAAGAAAAGGUAUGUUACCCAGUCAGCUGUUUCAAAACUUACCAUAUUUUAUCAUAACAUAUGUCUUCAAGAACAAAAUCACUACAGAAUAAUAUGGAGAGAAAGAAAUGAGUUUCUCAAUGAUGUCAUAUUUUAUAAACCAUUCCAUUUGAAUAUAUUCAUGUAUUUGUUUAAUAUUUUUUUAUUUUUGUAACUUUUAUUGUUAGAGUAGGUCUUUGAGUUACUUAUUUAUUUUUAUACAGUUAUUAGUCUUCAAAUAGUUUUCCUUUACUUCAUGUGGUUUUAGUUCUUGUCAGUAUAGUUUUAAAUCAUUUUGUCUGUGGUCAUCUUCUUGUACAUGUACAUAUUGUUUAUUUGAACUUUCAUCUUUUGACUAUGAGUAGAAGGCUUGGCACUCCAUAAAGUAUUCACUACUGUAGUGAUUUGUUUUCCAGGAAGUCCCAGGUACACAUUUUUGGAGGCUUUGCAGGCUGACAGAUAAACCUUUUUCUUCCUUUUUUUUUUUUUUUUUUUUUGAGAUAGAGUCUCAUUAUGUCGCCUUCAGUAGAGUGCUGUGGCAUCACAGCUCACAGCUGACACAGUUUCUAAAUAGCUUUUUCUAUAUACUACUUGCAACUGGAGUACAAUAUUGUAUGUCAUCUAUUAAAGAAAUAAAGUACUUUUAUCAUUUGUUAAAUUGACUUGAAUUUUAACAAAGCAAAGGAAAUUAAAAAUGAGAAUAUGAAUAGUUAUUCAUAUCUUUUGUUUCUCCCUUUCUUCUGGAUACCAUCUCAUCAGAUUAUCAGCAGAAAUGAGGAAAGCAUUGCCAGACUAAGCCACACCAGUUGCAGGACACCUGAACUUUCCAACUUGAAAUACAGUAAAAACAGUUUUAAGUCUUCAGCACUUUGCUUUUCUCUAAUUGUUUUUCAGGCUUCUGCUUAAAAGGAUUUUUCUUAAUGUUUUAUUAAGAAAAUGAGCACAAAGAUAAAAAUGAAAGCAUGGUUUGUGCCCCUUCUCAUUAGCUCAUCAAAUGAGGUGAACUCUGCUCCUUUCAGGGUGCUUUCAGUAUGCUCAGGGUGGCCUGGGCAGAGGUGAGGAAGGAGCAGGCUCUUCUCUUGAACUGACUGUGCCAGGCCCAAAGAUGGGCCUUCCUGAGCAGAACAAAUACAGUACCUCUGUGUGUCCACAAAGCACAUAGACAAAAGCCCCGGUGCCAUAGAAACUCUGGUCAUUGAGAAGUAGCCCAGGUGCUAUGUGGUACAGCUUCUGCCCCAGGGGACAGCCACAGUUGCUUUUCUUCCUCAGGUAAACCUGAAGGCUUGCACAAUGGUUAAGUGUAUAAACUUUGCAUGUAUAUUAAUGAAGCAAAUAGAUUUGUGCAAUAUUUAGAUAUUCUGGGUUGAAAAUAUUAAACAAGAAAAAACUGAGUGUCUCAACCAGGCACUUUUAUAACUCUGGUCUUGCAAGUAGCAGGAAGCAGCUGAUGGGAGGAACAUAGGGAAACACCAGAAAAUGUGCUCCUGCCAGGAAUGGCUUCUCCAUUAUCUCUACUAUGACACCUCAGAUUCUAUGAUUGAUUACCUUUGUGUUCUUUCCUUAAUGACUGUCAUUAAAAUGAGAGUGCUUUUGAGGAAAGAACGUGUUGAACUGUUAAUAACUAUUCGCCUUUAAAUCUCACUUCAGUAUACCCUGUGGAAUACUCAAUUUUGAGGUUAAGUAGGACUCAUAAUUACAUGUACCAGAACAGGAAAUUAUGGAAUUUCAGAGACCCAAAGCCCCACUAUCCACUCUGUGAUAUCAGAAUACCUGUGCCCGGAGCAAUGUGACUUUAACCAAGGCUGUCACUGCACAGCAGCAGAAUCACCCACAGACAGGUGUCAAGGGUGAGCCCAGCUCCUGCCACACUUUCUCGGGGGCACUGAUAUUCAAUAAGGAAAGAGAGAGAGCGAGAUGAUGAAGAUGAAGAGAGGGAGAGAGGGAGGAAGUAGUGAGUGACUCUAUGAGACAGGUUUAUGAAUUUAUAUAACCAUUUUGGUUCACAGUUUCAAUUUGGUGGCCGAUCUGUCUGAAUCAUAAAUGGAACUCAAAGUCCAAAGCAUAUAAAAAGAAUCAAGCAACAAGGAAAGGAAACAUGUAAAUUAUAAAUGGCUUUUUUUUUUUCCUGUUUUAUUUUAAUCUCCUUCACCCUGGCAGCUAAUUAGCUCCGUCAGUCAGAAGGUCAUGGGUGGGGGCUGCAUGCUAGCCUUUGGCUUUUAGGAGCAGUCUCCUUUUCAGACUUAGGGAGAGAAUAAAAAGAGUCAAUGUAGCAAAUAAACCCAAAGCCAGCCCAGGAAGCCAAGGCGGUGCUUUUUCUGGGUGAUCCUGAGAGCUGUUCACAGACACGCCCUUGGAGGCACACAGCAGGCUCAGGCUGGGCAAGUCCAGCGAUGUUAUCAACACUUGAGGACCCUACUGUUUUCUCAACCUGCUUGGCAAGACUGAGGCAUUAGAGUUCAGGGUAUUUCCAAAGUGCCUUCGGGCACCUCACACCAUUCCUAUUCUAGGUGACUGUGAGAACUGUGGGCAUCUGCUGGUGCUAACAGCAGGGACCCACUCAACCUGUGCCACACUGUUAUAGCUGUAAGUGACCUUGGAGAUCCCCUCCCAGAAGCACCUCUAGGCCAA